AACACUGCUUUUUGCGAUUCAGAAAUUUCGAUCAAACAUUCAAGCGACAAAAGCGCAGGCAAAAAUAGUUAUAAACAAAGAAAAUAAUAAUAUUAAAUCAUGAAAAUCGAGGAAGUUAAAAGUGCUGCUAAAACGCAGAGAAUUUCUGCUCAUACGCAUAUAAAAGGUUUGGGAUUAGACGAAAAUGGAAUAGCAAAUCCAGUGGCAGCGGGACUUGUUGGUCAAGAAAUGGCCAGAGAGGCUGCCGGAAUCGUUGUAGACAUGAUAAGAUCGAAAAAAAUGGCAGGACGAGCAGUUCUACUGGCAGGUCCUCCAGGUACUGGAAAAACGGCAAUUGCCCUCGCGAUAGCGCAAGAAUUAGGAAAUAAAGUGCCCUUCUGUCCAAUGGUCGGCUCCGAGGUCUUCAGUUCGGAAAUUAAAAAGACCGAAGUUUUGAUGGAGAAUUUCCGUCGGGCAAUUGGACUUCGAAUCAAGGAGACAAAAGAGGUUUAUGAGGGCGAAGUCACUGAAUUGACACCGAUCGAAACUGAAAAUCCAAUGGGUGGUUAUGGAAAAACAGUGUCGCAUGUUAUUGUUGGACUCAAGACGGCAAAAGGAACGAAACAAUUGAAAUUGGAUCCAUCCAUAUACGAAUCCCUGCAAAAGGAGAAAGUGGAGACGGGCGAUGUUAUUUACAUUGAGGCGAAUAGUGGUGCUGUCAAAAGACAAGGGAGAAGUGACAAUUUUGCCACUGAAUUUGAUCUAGAAGCCGAGGAGUACGUUCCCUUGCCCAAGGGUGACGUUCAUAAAAAGAAGGAGGUUAUUCAGGAUGUUACUUUACACGAUUUGGACGUUGCCAACUCGAGACCUCAGGGCGGUCAGGAUAUUAUGUCCAUGAUGGGACAGUUGAUGAAACCAAAGAAAACGGAAAUUACAGACAAAUUAAGAAAAGAGAUAAACCAAGUGGUAAACAAAUACAUCGAUCAAGGAAUCGCAGAAUUAGUCCCCGGUGUUUUGUUCAUAGACGAAGUUCACAUGCUGGACAUUGAAACGUUCACUUAUUUGCAUCGUGCACUAGAGAGUGCAAUAGCUCCAAUUGUAAUUUUCGCCACAAAUCGUGGACAAUGUAUAAUUCGUGGAACAGAAGAUAUUGUCUCAUCGCACGGUAUUCCACUGGAUCUGCUGGAUCGUCUUUUAAUAAUUAAAACUUUGCCGUAUGCGAAAAAUGAAAUUGAACAAAUUGUCAAAUUGAGAGCGACAACUGAGGGUCUACAGAUUGACGAUGAGGCGCUUACAAUUCUCGGCGAUAUUGGAACAAAGACAACACUUCGUUAUGUGGUGCAACUUCUCACACCGUCAGCUUUAAUUGCCAAAGUCAAUGGUCGGACGAAUAUAAAGAAAGAGGAUGUCGAUGAGGUUGAAAGUCUUUUCCUCGACGCAAAAUCAUCGGCUAAAAUUCUCACUCAACAUGCUGGCAAAUAUAUGAAAUAGUUUUUUUUAUUUCGCAAGAAGUGACAAUUUACGAAAAAUAUUACAAAUUUUUAGAGACUAAACAAUUUUUUCUCUUUUCAGAAAAAAGUGUUUCAAAAAUAGUUUGAGAAUUUAAGAAAUAUUUCUUUAUCAGAGUAUUUAUAAGAGUUAAAUUAGAUUUUUUUUUGGAAUGACAAAUUAAACGACGUAAAAAAAUGUUAUAAUUUCUAAGCUAGUUUCUUAAGAAAAUGACUAUUUUUUUAAUUUCUUUGAAUACACUCCAAGAAUCUAGUUCUUCAAUUUCAAUAAAAUAGUUUAAUUUA